CAUAAAAUUUAAUUUUUAGAAAAGAAAGAAAAUUUUCUCUGGCUUAAGCUACUGAAUGCAAGCCCCAUUAACAACAGAGAGAAGUGAUCCAUCAUUUACUUGGAGUUUAGAGUUCAGUACAGGGUUGAUGGGAAUGUUUACACUCUGUCAGGAUUCUCAUUUCUUUCUGCCUCUAUGUACACCCCUACCCCCUCUUACCUCACCACCGCAGGCUACCAAGAGGACAGAUUGACUCAGGAGAGACCGGAGCAGAAGAGAGACAUACAGUCUACUACAACCCGUCUUCGACAGGACCUGAGUGUUAAGUCUGGCUCCCACAGCCUGCCCAGGAACAUCCACAUUAACCGGGACCAGAGCCUUAGAGAGGGCUCCACCUGUCGCUCUAGUCAGUCUGAAGGCCAUAUCCCUAGAGGACUUGUGUCAGCACCUUUGGGAAACAGGGCCAGCAGUAUAGCCCCCCCUGUCUCCCCAGGUACACCUGAAUUAGAGGAGGUACUCUUACCCCCACCAGAAGCUUUCCGGGACACUAACCAGGAGCAAGACAGCCAGUUUCUUAAAGAGAAGACAAGGUCAGGCCGAGACAGCUUGCUGUUGCCCCACGCAGCACCUGUGACCCAGGAGAAGAAGGAAGCAUUUCUGGAGACUAUGUCCCAAGGAACUAAGGAGAAGGUCUUGGAGGGGGUCCCAAGGCAACCAGGGCUGCCUCUGCCCUUGUCUUCCGAAAACCUGGGAUCUGAAAACUUAACCAUCCCACUAGGGGAUGAGAAGAGUCCUAAAUUUGCUCCCCCAACAGCCCCCAAGUCCCGGAAACUCCCUCCCAACAUCAUCCUGAAGACCAGCCGAAGUAACUUCCCUAGCGACCCCCAGAACCGCUUCUCUCACCGUUCUCAGGCUACCUCCAGAGAUUUGACUCCGGAGCACGCCAGCUCUGCCUCCUCUGGACUCCAGGAGCAGAGGCGAGCAAGGCGGGAGGCACUAGAGAAGCUGGGGCUCCCCCAGGACCAGAGUCAUGAGCCCAGUCUCCAGCGGGCCAAGUCUGGUAGCUUCCUCAGGUCCCGGCAAUCCCCAACGCGGGCUCCCACUCCAGCUCCCGCUCCAGUCCGGGCUCCAGGUCCAGCCGCUGCUCCCGCUCCAGUCCGGGUUCCAGGUCCAGCCGCUGCACCCGCUCCAGUCCGAACUCCUGCUCCAGUUUCCCAAGUUCCAGCUUCUUCUGGCCCUUCAGCUAAGGCUCAGGGUCCUCCAUCCACUCCCAUCCCCAUCCCAAAGCCCACAAGAGUUAGCAGUGGUGACAGUCUCUCCCCAGCCCAGUCAAGCCCGGGCUCCAGACUGGCCCUCAAGGAAGGCUCCAUCCCUGGUCUUCGGCAGAUGAACUUCAAGUCCAACACCCUGGAACGCUCAGGGGUCGGGCUGAGCAGCUACCUCUUAGCCGCCAAAGACAAUGCGCCCCAAACCAGCACCUCCCUGGGCAAGGUCCCCAUUCUGGAGAAGAUCUCCCCAAAUGUCCUCCGAAACACCAGGCCCCGGCCAGCGUCUUUGGGGGGAGGGAAAGACUUUGCCAACAUCCAGGUAGGCAAGCUGGCUGAUUUGGAGCAAGAGCGGAAUUCCCAGCGCUUCUCCUAUCCGGGACAGAGCCGAGACAAGCUGCCCAGGCCCCCGUGUGUCAGUGUUAAGAUCACCCCCAAAGGCAUUCCGGACGAACACCGGCGGGAGGCCUUAAAGAAACUGGGUCUGCUCAAGGAAUAGACGACGGCGGGGCUGCUGGGCCAGCAGAGGCAUUAGAAGCUCUCAAAGGACUCCUGCUUCUGCAGUAUGACAGAGGAGUAGAAGGCUACCUCUUGGAUGUUCUCAUCUGUCCAGGAAUGGAGACAGAGACAGAGAAACAGACAGACAGACUCAAGGAGAAGUCUAAGCCUUGACCUUCCCUGAGGCUGAGUCAGUGAAGUUACCAGGAAGCUGCCCUGAAAAUAUUUCCACAAAUGUGUG